UAAAAAUGAAUUUUUUCCUAUAAUAGAGGGACCAAAAGGAGAAUUUAAUCAACUUUUAUUGUGUUUCGGAACCCAAUAACUGCUUUUAGGUCAACUUUGGUCGCCUCUCAACAGUAUUGAUAAUAAUUAAAAGUUGGAGAGGAUUCAAAAGUAGAGAAGGCUAUCUCCAACCGCAAGGAGCAAUCAAAACCAAAAAGAAAGCAGGUUCCGCGGCGGCUCCACAAUCAGGCUAGAGAAUUAAGAGCUAGGCUACCAUGGAUCCUUCCUACCACCACCACCAACACCAACACCACCCAAGGUACGUUCCCUACUCCCCUUCUGUGCAACACACCGCCGAUCUCUAUGCUUCCCGCCACCAUAACCACCACCACCAUCUUGCUCCGCCGCCCCCUCAACCACAACAUCACCAAUCAUACCACACUCUCCCUGCCCCGCCGCCACCUCCUCCACCACAGCAUCAUCCUUACCAUUCCCACCAUGCCCAGCUCACCUACUCCUCCAAUUUCAACCCUAACCCCAAUUCUACCCAUCAAUUCCGCGAACUCCCAUCGCACCGACACCUUUUUGAAAAGGAACGUACUCAUCGGGUCCCUGAUGUUGAUACCCGGGCUGACUUCUGGGCCAAUAAUCGGGGGCCAAGGCAGCAUCCGGUUGCUUCUUUGGAUCGGGAGUCGCAUUAUCAUCAAUUUAAUCGCCGACCUGUCUCUCCUAUUGAUACUUUCAGGCAUGAUUUAGAGGGUAGUUCUAGGUUUAGGAAUGAGUAUGAUGGUGAUCGGUUUGAGGAAACUCAGAAAGCAGAAGACUUUGUUUGGGUUCAUGGUGAUCUUCAGGGUCCUGAUAGAUCUUCUAGGGAUUUUGGGAUUGUUUCUAAGGGAUUUGAGUUGAACUCGGUCAGUGUUGAUAACAGAUAUGAAUCAGCUUACGAUCAUGAAGUGAUUAGUAGAGGGAUGUCUGAUGGGGUGGCUGAAAACGUUAGAUGGGGUCAGGAUAGACAGGGAUUGAGGGAUUUACACCUACGUGAUGAGUUAAUUGAAGUGGGGAAUAGUGAUGUUGGUAAUAGAGAUGAACCACGAAUUUUUUUUAGGAAACUUGAGUAUCAUGAGUCUGAAGUAGAAAGGUAUACUGAUAGAGGUAGUGGAGAUAAUAGUCGUGAAUUUAAUCACACUCCAAGAAAGCAAAUCCAGAAGAGGAGUGCAUUCCUUAGGAUUCGGAUGGCAAAACCCAAUUAUAGGAGCAGAGAAGAUGAAAGGUCACAUUACAUGAGUCAUUCUAGUGAGGUAAAGUUGGGUUCUUUUAGAGGGAAGGAUCAGCUUGCACAUUUGGAUCAUGGGAUGGAAGAGGAAGGGAGAGAAGAAAGUGAGGUAGAGCUUGAUGUGUCCUUCAAAUCCAAUUCAUUGGUAGCCAAAGCAAUUGUGGUAUCUUCUAGUUCUCCACGUGUUUCUGAUUCAAGUCUGACCCCUAGAGCUAGUAAGAUUAGGAAAGCCAUGCCUUCUAGUAAGGAUCGUUCAAGUUCACCACUGACCAAAGUGAAUGACGGGUCAGUAAAGGUGGAUGAUUCCACUCAUAAUAGUAAUAAUAAUGCCCCAACUUCUGAGGACUUGAAACAGUCUGAGGCAAAAGGUGCUUCUGGUAUUUUUGAUGUGCAGGAUACUGCUAGAAAGUCUUGUUCAAAUGGAACCAAUGCUUCACCUAGAAAGAGUAAGGUUGAUAAAUUUCCUAAAGUUGCUACAAAACAUGAUGGCUCUUCAAAUGUUGUAAGUAAUGCCUCCACUUUUGACAAGGAUCCCAAACAUUCUGAGGGGAAAGCCAAAUCUUCUGGAACGGGUAACUUAAAAGAUAGUGUUUUGCAAUCUUCUUCUGGUAGGCUCAAUGUUUUACUUGCAGAGAAAAAGGUUGAUACUUCUCAUAAGAGCAUCUCUCCAGGAAAAGAUGAUGCUAAUGCUUGUAGACCACCUCCAGUUAAGGCUGCCAAGAGGAAAAAAAUUGUCAAGAAACUUGUGCCUAAAAAAGCAAAUGUCUCUGCAAAUAGUCCAUCUGCCACCUCUUUGUCUGACAAGGGUGUUUCACCUUCAAAAAAGAAACUACCUCCUGCUGAUGCAAAAUUGGGGCAUUAUGUUUAUCCACAACAUUGUCCCAUGGCUGACAAGCAUGUUUCACCUCUGAAAAAAGAACUACCUCCUGCUGAUGCACAAUUGGAGUAUGGUGUUGAUCCACAAUGUUGUCCUGUGUUUGACAAGUGUGUUUCACCUUUAAAAAAAGAAGUACCUUCUGUUGAUGUGAGUUUAGUGCACAGUGUUGAUCUGCAACAUUGUCCUAAAGGAGCAAAUCUGCAUCCUGAUAAUGAGAGAAUGGAUGGAGCCUUAAAGGAUAAAGCCAUGGAGGAAGUUUUCACUGCUGUUAAACCUGAUGGAUCAUCUGCUAAUAAGAUUAACAAAAAGAGGAAGAGUUUAUCUCCUCCAUUUAGUUCUUCAGGUCAGGAAGAGACCAAAUUUGAUGAGAUUUCUGUAAAUGCUGUAAAUUCCAGCCAUGGGCUCCAGACCAUCUCAAAUACUAAGGAGGAUAGUAUUAAAUCAGUGAAUGAAACUACUUCUGGUUUGUUAAGGUCAGAGGAAAGCAUAGUUCAUGAGAGUGUUACAGAUACAAAUAACUCAAUUAAUGAGAUAGCUAGGUCCAUUGAUUUUGAUAGUAGUUUAGCUAACUCACUGGACUUAAAUAUUGUUUUUGGUUCUGGGACUGUGGAUGCUGGUGUUGAGCACAGUUCUGCUAAUCUUACCAGUCCAUUUGUCAAGAGAGGAAAUAUAGAGGGAAUUCCAACGGCUAAUUUUUCCACAGGAAGCUGUGAAAUGCCCCUUCUGCCUCUUUCAGAUGAUUCUGGAAUUCCAAUUAGUCCUCUUUAUGUGGACUGCUCUAACCACCAUGGAGUUUUCAUCUCCAAUCCUGACAGGGAUUUUACCAAUUUAGGGGGGAGUAAGCAUGACAUAGGUGCUGAAUUUGGUAACUACCUCUCUCCACAAGGGGUCACUGUAUCUGAUGAGAAUGGUCACAUGGAUAGAUCCCCCAAUCCUAUACCAUCAGUUGGCAGAGAGGAAGAUAUGUCCGGUGUUCUGAAACCAGGUGCCGAAAUAUCUCAUGAGAAUGGUGGCACAGGAGGAUCCUCCAAUGCUAUGCCAUCAGUUGGCAGAGAGGAAGAUAUGGCUGAUGUUCUGAAAUCAGGUGUCGAAAUAUCUCUUGAGAAUGGUGGCACAGGAGGAUCCCCCAAUGCUAUACCAUUAGUUGUCAGAGAGAAAGAUAUUCCUGAUGUUCUUAACGAUGCGAAAACUGGGAUUGAAGAGUCUGACAUCUCACACUCAGCAUGUACUUGCAUAGUUAUAGCGCCUGCAGAUCUAGUUAACUCUGCAAAUUAUGUGGAUCCAACCUUUACUUUAUCUGUUAAAGUUCCUAAUCCUCCAGACACCACUAAUGUUGGUUGUGUAGACAUUGGCUUACAGCAUUGUGUCAAUGAAAUUAGUGUGGUUCAUGAGAGUGGUUCAAGGGAUACAUUAUCAGAGGCUAGAAUUCUGGUAAAAAAUAGUUUAGAUGUUAAUCCAGAUGUGUGUUCAAAGGAGAAUAAGAAACAGAAUGUCUCUUCCUCAAGUUCUAGUCUAACAGAAUAUGUGAUAAGAGAGGGCCUUAAGGUUGCUGAACUGUCGAGUCCUGAUGUACAACUACCAGCCAAUUCAGAUGAUAAUCUGUUACAGUCAGAAGAGGAGCUUACAGUAUCUAGCAUGGAUGCUCUUCUCACCAGUGGUUUGCCACUGUCAUCAGAGAGUACCAUAUUGCUGAACAAUUUGGCAGAUGAGUCCUCUCCAGCUGUGGGUUUAGAUAGAGAUGCCUUUAGGAAUGAUAGCGCAACUGUGGAUCGCCUAGGAGGUUAUUCUUAUUCAACUUUUGUCGAGUCAGCUGCUGCAAGCCCAUUAUUGCUUUGUCCACCAGGGACAGGAUGUCAUCAAUUGUCAUCUGUAAUGCCUGUUACAGCUGUACAUAGUGACCCAAUGGAUAUUGAUGGUGACAACAAAGAAAAUGCUAUUGUGGAAUCUGCACGAGAGCAAACCCUUAUUUUUCAUAAGGCUGCUCAAUUCAGAACUCCUCCAGAAAAUCAGUCUUCUGAGUUUGAUCAGAGAUUCCUGAGCACAGAUGCAGAAGAUUAUGAUAGUUAUCCUUUUGUCCAGGAAGAUUUACCUGCUGGGACAAAUUCCUCAGUUAUUGUGGCUGAUGGUAACAGAGUUCCCACUACCAGCACCAAAAAUGAACUGAUUCCUGUACCAGGUAUGCUUUCUGUUUUGGGUUCUCCAGAAAUCUGUAAUACCUCUAUCAUAUGUCCAUUAAGUGGGAUAGCAUCAGAAAGCAAAAAGUCAAUAGAGAAGAUCUGUAGUAGAGAUGAAAAUAAUCUAGAUGAGAAUACUGUGAUUGAAGGUGAUUCUUCAUAUCCCCAUAAUUCUGAGAGUAAUUUGAACCCAACUGAUGCAAUGGACACUGAUCCAUCAGUUACUGGGAAGUCAGGAGUAUUACCAUCAGAGGAUUCUAAAAUUAGGGCUCAUGUACAAAAUCCUACCAGAGAAGCCCAUGGGAGUAAAAAUCAGCUUAAUCAUGCUCCUCCCAGCAAUCAUCUUGGUCACUCAUCAGUUGUUUUUACUGCUUUGAAGACUAUGGUUUCUUCUGCCAGUCAAACAUGGCACCGACCUGGUAAUUCUGCUUCUCUUCCUGGAAACAAACCUUCCUUGAGUACUGUUCCUUCACAAAGACAGACGCCAGAUAAAGUUCCAAAAUUUCUGGCUACUUACAUUCAUAAAGGCAACAAUCUUGUUAGAAAUUCUGCUUCUCAAGAGAGUUCUUAUACUUUGAGCUCAUCAGUUUAUCAGUUGAGCACUUCAGGUGUGGAUGAGAUGAAGAAGGGCACAGGAGCUGACAGUAGGGCUGAUGGUAUUGACUCAUCAAAUUUGCUGCCAGCAGGAUUGAAUGCAGCUUUUGAGAGGCCCAGAACACCCCCUCUUCCCAGUCUCACCAAAGCUCUGAAUCAUUCAGGUAAUACUUUGGGAAAAUGUACAUCAUCCUCAUUAGCAGAACCUCCUUUGAGCAAUUGUUGUGAACCUAGAGAUUAUACAGCUUCCUUGGAAACUAAUGAUCUGUUAGAUUUAUCAGAAGAUGGAUUAAAGGAUUCUGAAACUCGAAAUGAAAAUAGUUCAGUUAUCAAUUUGGAUGGUCAGACUGUACAAAAUGAUGGAAACUUGGUUUCUUCAAAUGUGAAGAGAAUAACUUAUGUAAAACCAAAAUCAAAUCAGUUGGUUGCAACUUCUGAUCACUGUAAUACAUUAAUUCACAAUUCUGGGAAGGACCAAACAUUUAUCUUCUCGAAUGAUGGUUACUACAAGAGGAGCAAAAAUCAGUUAAUUAGGACUGCCUUGGAGAGUCAAAACAAGCAAACAGUUACAAUUCCUGAUGAAAAGUCAAAUUCAGCCAGACAAGCAGCUCCUAAAGUUAUCUCUGGCAGAACUUUUAGCAAGAGGCAAUCACAAAAAGUCACAGCAAAGAACUAUAAACCUUCCCAAUUGUCUCUAGUGUGGACCCUACAUAGUGGAUGGUUAUCAAAUAACUAUGUUGAUUCAUUGCAUCAUCCUAAGUUCUUUCCUCAAGUGUUCCCCUGGAAGAGAGUAACUUACUGGAGAAGUUUCACGAUCAAUUCAGUUUCUUGUCAUAAUAGUCCCAUGUCUUUAAUUAGUCAGAAAUUGCUGCUGUCAAGAAAGAGGAAUACUAUUUACACUAGGUCUAUUAACGGAUUUUCUCUUCGAAAAUCCAAGGUGUUAAGUGUUGGUUGUUCUAGUUUGAAGUGGUCUAAAUCUAUUGAGAGCCACUCAAAGAAAGCUAGUGAGGAAGCAACCCUAGCAGUUGCUGCAGCAGGGAGGAAGAAAAGAGAGCUAAGUGGCACUGGUUUCAGUCUUUCUGGAGCAGACAAUAAAAUCAAUUUCUCCAAUAAGUCUGUUCAUGGUACAGAGCUUCGGCCUGGGGAACACAUAUUCCGCAUUGGUUCUGUGCGCUACAAAAUGGAUUCUUCAAGACAAACCCUUCAGAGGAUAUCAGGUGAUGAAUCAUCAUGUUCAGCUGGUUCACUGUUAGAAAACAACACAAAGAAAUCUUUUGUUCCAAGGAGAUUAAUUAUCGGCAAUGAUGAGUAUGUUCGAAUUGGAAAUGGUAACCAGCUUGUUAGAAAUCCUAAGAAACGCACUUGCGUUUUAGCAAGUGAAAAAGUUCGGUGGAGUUUGCACACUGCCAGAUUGCGAUUGUCAAAAAAACGAAAGUACUGUCAGUUUUUCACAAGAUUUGGUAAAUGCAAUAAGGAUGGUGGGAAGUGCCCCUUCAUUCAUGAUUCCUCAAAAAUUGCAGUCUGCACAAAAUUUUUGAAGGGUCUAUGCUCAAAUCCAGACUGCAAACUGACUCACAAGGUUAUUCCUGAAAGAAUGCCAGAUUGUGCAUAUUUUCUGCAAGGUUUAUGCACAAAUGAAGAAUGUCCUUACCGGCAUGUGCAUGUGAAUCCGAAUGCCUCUACUUGUGAAGGAUUUCUCAGGGGCUAUUGUGCUGAUGGCAAUGAGUGUCGGAAGAAGCACAGCUAUGUAUGUCCCAUUUUUGAAGCAAAAGGAUCCUGUUCGCAAGGAUCCAAAUGCAAGCUUCACCACCCCAAGAAAUGGAGCAGGUCCAAGAAAAGCAAGCGGUCAAGGGAACAUAAGAGUGCGCAUGGGCGAUACUUUGGUUCCAUGCAUGUUGACAUUUCAGAGCCAGGAAGAGUGGUGGGUGAAAGGCAACCAAGAGUUGAUGAUAAUUUAUGUGAAGGACAAUUUUCUGAUUACAUUAGCCUUGAUGUUAGCGAUGAAGAAGCUGAGGAAACUAAUGAUACAAUGAGUGAUCAACCAACCUUUGGUGAUGAUGAUCCUUGGGAUUCACAAACUGAUGAUCUUGAGGAGCUUAUCAAACCUAUUGGUAUAAUGAAUAGGAAUCUGACAAUAUAAUCAUCUUUGGAGGGCAGGUUCUCAAGUGUGAAGAGGAGGACAUGUGAGCUUACCAUGUGGGGAUUCAAUCUGUUUUAACCACUGUUAGAUUUACCUAGGUUUUCCUCUCUGCUUUUUCCUUUUGUAAAUUUCCUCUUUAAAGGGAUAUGCUAUUCUCAUGGCCAAAAAAAAAAAGGGCUAUGUUUUCUCUUACGAACUGUGUAUAUUGGAUUCUGAAAUGAAAUCUAAAGAAGCUU